AUGGACGCAUUAACCGCUGAUUUAUCUGUGACCGCUGAGUUUUCUGAAAAAGAAAUCGAGGAUUUAAAGAAAAAUAUCGAACCUAAAUCAGUGUAUGCUCGAUUAAUACUAACAGAUGAACAGAAAAAUGACCUCCAACAGGCAUUUGAUCUUCUAGAUUACAAUGGAGAAGGCAAAAUCAGGGCUGAAGAUUUUCGGGUUGCCAUAAAGGCAUUAGGUUAUGAACCGACGAAAGAGGAGUUGCAAAAAAUGAUAAGCGGCGUUGAUAAAGGGCAGACGGGGAAACUGAGCUUUGAAAACUUUGAAACGGCAAUAAUGAGGAAAGUUAUGUCAUUGGACAGUGACGGAGACAUCAUGAAGAGUUUUAGGCUGUUUGACAUGAAUGAUACAGGUUUUAUUAGCGUGGAAAACGUGAAGCGUGUCACCGAUAUCCUCGGCACAUAUCUGACUGAUGAGGAAAUUGAGGAAAUGGUGGACGAUGCUGAUACAGAUUACGAUGGAUAUAUAUCAGCCCAAGAGUUUAUGAAAAUGAUCAAGAACUCGGUCAACAUCGUCACUCCGUAA